UUUAAGAUGCAUAUACUAAACAGUUGUUUUAACAUUACUGCUGUGAUUGAGGAACCAAACUUUUAGCCUCAUUUGCAGGAAUAUCAUAUGCUGCUACCAAAGUUUUAGGAGGUGGGAAAAUUAUGUUUCCUGUGCUUCUAAUUUUUCCUCUGAGUGAUUGACUGACCUUGUGCUGCAGUCUGUGCACAGUCCAGUAUGGCAUCAUAAGUUCCUGUUGCAGGGGUGUAAAUUUCACUGCUAAGCAUGCUCCACAAGUAGCAGAGAUAAGGCAAUGGAGAUGAAGAAACAGAAGUGGCUGGUGUUGUUGAGUAAACUCAGUCAAUAUCAAACAAAUAAAUACUGAUGAAAUUACAAAGUCCUGGGCAUAAAUAGGCUGGUUGCAGUAGAAACCCUCAGGUAAGGUCCUGGUGAGAUAGGUAAUGAUUGACAGUGCCAAGAAUGUUCAUGUCACUUUAGGGUCACCAGUGUAGUAAAGAAAACAUGUAUGGUCAAGUAUUAAUUUAGGAGACAAAUGGUAAAUGUAUUUCAGUCAAUGUCAAGCUGAUGAGUGCUGGCAAAAUUAUCCAGCAGGUCCCAGAAAGGAUAGCAGUAAUUAGGGGGUGCCAACAGCCAAACCAAGCACAUCUGGUAAAGGCCUACUUAAGUUCUAUGAUCUGGAAAUUUGGCGGAACACUGACUCUAACACACUUCACUGUUCUAGAGCAUGUGGUCUGAAUAUGAUAGGAUUGAUAACGUCAUGUGCAAAGUUGGCUUGCUUGUACAAUUUUCACACACUGUUAAUUCUGUUCCAGUUUCUUUCAUCCAUAUUUGUCAUUAGAUGUGCCAGCUUGAUGCAAUUGUUCAUUUUUUCUUUUCCAUGAAACUUAAAAUAUACAAAAUUAUGCCCAAAUCUAUAAAGUUCUUCAAUAAUUUUUUUUCUAUAAAGUUUUCUCAUUGCUGUGAUAAGCUAAAAAUAAGAUGAGACAUGUGCAAUAUCUUUUUCUGAUAGUAUUUUGUGGCCUUCCAACAUGAGCUGUUUUAGCUUGGACAAACAGUUCUUAGGUAUUCUCCUGUCUAUUUUCUCAUUCUUCUCUUUAUUCCUGUUUUUUUUUUCCAUAUCCAGCUUUGCUCCCUAAUGGAAAUAUUGCUUUCAGCUUUUAAUUUUCCUUUAGUUCCCCCUCAUAGAUCAUUAUAAUAGCAAAAAAAAAC